GUCACGUGAUUGUGUGGUCUGUUGUGUUGCGGAAUGUGAGCUGCAAACACAAUAAUAAUUUUAUAGUUUAGCUGUAUGCCAAGUUGGAAAUAAUAUGAUUGUAGACGUUUAGCGGAAACGGAUUCCUUCGGUUUGAGUCUACAAAAGGUCACUACUUCAGCAUGGACUACUCAUCCCGGGAUGUUCAUGUGAGGAUCAUCACCCUGGGCUUCAUCUUUUACACUGUCGUGUUUCUCCUGUCCCACUUCAUAUCUAAACUGCUGUUUGUGACCUACCGCUCGCUGCCUGGCAAAGAAAAGUUUUUCUGGGAUUUAGCUGCGACUCGGGCAGUAUUCGGCAUCCAGAGCAUAAUAGCAGGGCUUCGAGCACUCUUGGAAGACUCUGCUGUACAUUCUGAUAAGAUCCUUGGGCAGGAAAACUGGUCAUGGUUCAACGUCCUGAUAGCUACUGGCUUUUUCCUAUUUGAAAACGUAGCUCUUCACUCAUCCAAUGUGGUGUUCUGGUCCUUUGAUCUGCCGUUAGCUGUGCACCACUUCUUUGCUCUGGCAGGGUUUGCUGGUGCAGUUGUGUGGGACUGGCUGGGUCAUUUUCUUCCUAUGGUGACCUUGCUGCUGGAAAUGAGCACACCCUUUACCUGCAUAUCCUGGAUGCUACUUAAGGUAAGAGGCAAAGGUCUAUACUCUGAACAAAAAAAAAAUGAUGCCUCAAAGUUUUAUGUUUUAAUCUAAUUUGGCUGAAAUUAC